AUGGUCAUUUUCAGCAGUCUUCUUCUCGCCUUGUCGCUCCCCCUCCAGGCCACGGCAGGACUCGCGGAAGCACCCAUCCCGGGCUACGACGCAGUCGACCUCACGUGGGAGGUGGAAGUCUUCCCGGGCCACUUUGAGAACCUCACCGGCACGGUGGAACGGGUUCACGACGCAGCCAGGGCCAUGAACCCCGAGUGGAAGCCCAGGGCCGUCUCCGGCGCGGCGAAGCGCUCGCCGCUUUUCAACUGGAGCCAAGUCAUUUGCGGCACGGGCGCUCUCGGCUGGCACCCGUGCAAGGUCCGCAGGAUAGAGGAGGGAAUCGAAUAUCUCAGGGGCCUGGCUGGCGUCCCGAGAAACGGGCCCGGGCCGGAAACUUGCGGACGAGUCAGCUGUUCAUACCAGGCGGCCAUAUGGUGGUGCAACAAUGCGCUCGGCAGCUGGGACGAUGUCGCCGACAGCGCGCAGCUGAUGGUGUGGAAGUGCUCGACGGGACGCGGCUACGCGGACAAGUACAUGACGGGGCAGGCGUUUUCCACAGACAACUGGAAUGUCAUUGUUCGCCAGGACGAAUGUUGA